UACCUAUUCAUUCUUCCUUAUCACUCCUCCAUCUACGAUCGCCUUCGUUUAUCUAUAACUGAUCGAAUCACUGUUUUACAAACUACAAUGGCAGGCCUGAGGAAAUCCAAGAAAUACGACUGGAAGGAUUCAAAUCUUGCUCUUUUUGGCUCAGACUUGGAGAAGAAUAUCAAGAAGGAAUCAGCCAAAGGAGAGCCUGUCUGGGAAAAUGCUGGGACCAAGGUUGGACUGCAGAUCUGGAGGAUUGUGGACUUCAAGGUAACCCACUGGCCCAAAUCCAAGUAUGGUCAGUUCUAUGAUGGCGAUUCAUACAUCAUCCUGAACACUUACAAGAAGGACCCAAAAAGCGACGCCUUGUCCUAUGAUGUUCAUUUCUGGAUUGGUCGAUAUUCCUCCCAAGACGAGUACGGCACAGCAGCCUACAAGACAGUGGAACUGGACACUCUGUUGGACGACAAGCCUAUUCAACAUCGUGAAGUGAUGAACCACGAGUCCGAACUGUUCAAGUCUUAUUUCAAGGAAAUCAUUUAUCUGAAUGGAGGAGCUGACAGCGGCUUCAAAAUUGAUCAACCCGAAAGUUACAAGCCUCGUCUUUUGGAAUUCCGCAAAGUUGAUAACAAGAUGUAUGUAACUGAGAAGCCAUUGAAGAAGUCUAGUAUUUCAAAUGGUGACGUGUACUUGAUUGACAUGGGAUUGACAGUCAUUCAGUGGAAUGGAAAGGAUUCUAGUCCAUUUGAAAGAAUUGAAGCGCAAAAACUCCAACAAAAGCUCGAGUCUGACAGGAAUGGAAAAGUCAAGAGUGAGGUUCUUGAUGAGCAAGAUAUCAACAAUUUGGAUGAGAGCCUCAGGAGUGUCAUUCCAGACAGUGGACCCCCUGACGAAGAGGCUCCCACGAGAAGACAACCCUUUGAAAAAGUACUAAACAGGCUCUCCGACAGUUCUGGGCAGCUAAAGUUUACUGAAGUGUCACGUGGUAGUCAUGUGAAGCGAAGUCAGCUCUGCAGCGAUGAUGUGUUCAUCCUCGAGACUGAAACCGAGUGUUUUGUCUGGACUGGUAAAGGAGCCAGCAUCGAGGAGCGAAAGAAGUGCAUGCAAUAUGCUCAUCAUUACGUCCAAAGGAGUGUCAACCCAUUCAAUCCCAUCACUGUGGUCAAAGAAGGCAACGAAACGGAUAACUUCAAUCGUGCUUUUAACUAGACUGAAACAUACUCAACAAGUUCGUAGGUUUUUUAAAGAAUGGACAUUCACUAGAUGAAAAAUACAAGCGCAUGGCGUACGAAUCAAGGCAACUCGAAACUUUUUCAUAAAUAUUAUCAAAAUUAAACUAGCUUUUAAUGAAUAAACUUUUUAAAUUCUACAAAAA